AUGGCAACCAUGAAGAGGAUGUGUCCAGGUGCUUCAGUUGAGGAGGUUGCUCAGCGAUUUGCCCAGGACAAGGACUUCAACUUCUGUUUCAACCGUGGCCGCACAGCCAUUGAGGAAGAAACCAACGACGCCUCCAUUUUGCCUACUUUUGUGCCAGCAUCGGAAGUUGAGAAGACCCAUAGCUACGGCUUCUGUGUCUACGAGAAGUGCGGCUUGUUGCCAGAGAGUCAGAUUGUGAGCCUGACAGGGAAGUCACCACAGCAGCUGAACAUGGAGAAAUGGACCACAGAAACUUUGUUGCGGGCGCAAGCGGAAAAGAUUGAGCAGAAUCUUGAAGCCGCUGCGGAGGAGGAGAACCCUUCAGUCAAUGAAGUUGAACUGACCCCUGAGGAAGAAGCGGAGCGCCAACAGCAGGUUGAGGAAGCUCAGAAGUUGAGCUCAAAGUUACUGGCUGGCUUGGCUCAGCCUGAACAACCAGCUGCUAAGAAGAAGAAGAAAGCGGCCCCAAAGAGCAAGGCGGCAGAUGGUGACUCUACUACUGCCACACAGGGUGCGGGUACCAGCGGGGCACUGCUGGAUGAUGUGGACAUGGCUUCCGAGGCUGGCAGCAAGUCUAGCAAGGCCGGAGGGAAAUUUGCCAACCUUGAUGAAGAGAUGAAGGCGGUAGCAAUUCUGCAUUUUGCUGAGCGGGAGAAGCAAGGCAUCAGAGGCCCUGUUUCCUGCAAGUCAUUGCAGGCUCUGAAGCUGUCAUCCUUCUUCGUGGCAAACACUGACCAUGAACAGGGUCAUGCGCUCGCAGGGGCCAAGAAGAUUGCUGAGGCCUUGGCAGCAGUCAGGCCGGACAGCUCAGAGCUGCGCAACUUGCUCCGCAGGAUCAAUCAGUGCAAGGCGCUCCAAGCUUUCUCGUCACAGAUCAGCCUCUCUUCUCUGAGCAUUUUGGAGCUGGAGCAGAACAUGGGGCACCUCAAAGGUGUGAAGCUUCCAGUCAUGCUUCAGGUGAAGGUGACUGGAGCCAUGGCGACACAGAUUUUCAUGGGUCUCCCGACGAACACCAACCUUGAAGAAGUGCGUACAUCUGCCAACCAGGUUGCCCACAUGCUCAGUAUGGACGGAGAUGAUUGCAGGCAUCCAGGUGAAUGGAAUGGUUCUGAUCCAGAGUUUGCAGCAAACUUUGCUGAGUCCUUCUCCCUGCUGGACCAAUGCAUGGAUGUACUACCAGACAGUCUUGCUGGAGAGGGAUCAGAAGACAAGCGACGGGACGAACACCUUCGCAGCGUUGCCACUGAGUGCAAUCUUGCCAUGAAGGUGAUGGGAACCCUGCUGUUGGACAUUCUCAAGUGCGAUGCGUUUUUGAAGAUGUGGCGCAAGCCGGAGGAACACAAAGAUCAUUUGCAGCAGUUCAUGAUCAGCAUCUAUGCAGUCAUGCCAAGCAGCAAGUCAUUUCUCAGCAAGACCACUGAGACACCGCAAGGGAUUGAGUUAGAUGAAUAUGUUCCAGAAUUUUCCAAAUUGGUGUCGUCUUGGGAAAGAAUUGAUGUGAUCUUCAAGUGCAUUGACUUUGCGUGGUGUUUGUCCGUGACCUCUCCUUUUGAAUCUCCAGCGACCCCAGCUGAUGUGCUGAAGAUCACUGCCUACAAGGGGAAAGAACCACUUGAGACCAUGCUGCAGGACCUUUGCAAAGACGAGCCUGGGUGGAAGCUAGCCUGCGAUGAGAUCCUGCGCACUGCCACGUCCACCACGCGUCUUCGCCCAACUUUCGAAAGAGUGAUGGAGGUACUGCGUAGAGAGUUUGCUGAACCACCUCCUACAACCAGCAUUUCCAACCUUCGUCUCAAAGAGUUGUGUCAGGAUCUCCUCUCCUGUCGUGAAGGAAUGCGAAGGCAAGAGGUGAAAGAGGGAGAGGACAUGUGCGUGCGUCUCCUUCGUGACCGCGCUUCUGAACUCUUGUCGCUUGACCCAGACACAGUGAUCGCACAGAAGCUGAGGACCAAAGACAUUCAAGCCUUGUUGUCUGGUUUGGCAGGCUUCACAGCCUUUCCGAAUGUCCUCAAUCUUAUCAAGGAACUCCAGACAUGGCUUGGUGAGCAGUCCAAGCACAUGGCUUGGUGUGACUUUGUAGACUGUGCUGUGGAAGCUGGUCGGGCAGAAACCGUGGACCUUACCGAGUUGGGUGAACUGAUGUCCCGGUUGGACAGCCACACCAUUGACCAGGGCGACUUCCUGGAUUUGCUCUACGUUGGCCUGAUGCUGACGAUGGCCCUGAGGACAUUUGUUACAGAGGUUCGACAAGACCCUUGUCAGAUGACCCGGCAACUCAUGCUCCACCGUUGCGCUCUGUUGCAGAAGGUUGCGGACUUUGGCUACCACUCCAGCCAUCCAAUAGCUCAGCUUCUUCUUCUUCAUUUGGAGAUCUUGAAAGCUGGAACAGCAAUGGCCCAAGCCCUUGACAAGUUAAAGGGCGCGCAGAAGAGCGACGAAGGCAAACUCACCUUGCUGAAGAACCUUAUCAAGCAGGCGGAUCUCCUGCACAAGCAGAAGGAACUUUUUGACCUCAAGAUGCCUUUGCCAGAUCCACAUCCCAUGGACCGUGCAGACACACCUGGUGAACAAGCACCUCCAGCUCCUGAAGAAACCGCUGGGGAGGACAAGGCUCCUGAAGAAACCGCUGGGGAGGACAAGGCUCCUGAAAAAACCGCUGGGGAGGACAAGGAGAAGGAAAGCCUCAGCCUCGACUUUGGCGGCGUGGAUGUGGGUGAGUGGGCUCUGGUUCUGGCUGAUCCUUCUGAGGAGACCAUCGAGAAUGAAAAGGGUGGCAUGGAGGAUGUGGACAUGGACGCACCUGGUGAAAAGCAAGCUGCAGCGAAGGUUUCCUUGGAGGAACUUCCUCCUGCUGAGCUGCAAAAGAAAGCCGAAGAGAAUGUGGACCGAAUCCACCAGGACUUCUUUCAGAUUGACUCUUUCAAGUGCUUCCACGACAUGCUCUUUGGUGGUGGCCAGGACUUGUUUACAGAUACUGUUCUCCAGCAAAUUUCUGGACACAAAGGACGACUGGUGGAUGCCUCUUCAACUGUGAAGAAGAACAUUGCCCCAGCACUCCCACUUUCAGAUCAGCCAUGGAGGACAGAGAUCACAGGCGACAGUCCGAAAGAGGAUGCUUUGAGUGCCGCGGCCAAGGGUAUGAUCAGCAAGAUCCUUGUGAAAGGUGAGCCGUUUAUCAAAAUGGUGGACACUUUGCACCAGGAACGUGAGAAAUGUAUGGAGCUCGUUGCCCUGAUCGGCGAGAACAAGAUCCAGUAUCCAGAGCACAGUUCGAUCCCAGCUACGCUUUCUGAGCUUAAGCAAUGCAUGACCAGCUCUGGUGAAAUCUCAUGUCUAGGCCGUACCAUUUUGGUUGAAACGGUGUUGGUGUUGGCUUUGAAAAUUGUCGUGGAGACCAGUGAUCUCAAGGAUCCAGACAAAAGGGCAAAGGCCAUGGAACGUGCCAAGCAGCUGAUUCGCGACCAAAUUGCUGUCGUGACUCAGGGUGUAGAUGGUCUGAGCCCGGGUGAUAUUCAACCAGGACUCUGGACCAUGGCGAAUGACAUCCUGAAGUGA